AUGGCACAGGCCAUAGCACUGCAGAGGCAGCUCCUGUCUGAAGCCUCCCUCCUGGAGUUAGAAGACUUCCCAAAGAGGCAGGGUGCUCUGCAGAGAAAAGCCAAGCAGUGCAAUGAGACCACGUCCCCCAAACCGCCCCCCGCCCCCGGUGCACAGGGCCGGCCGCAGAGACCCAGGAAAAUGCUGAAGAGGAAUUUUAACCAGCAACAGCAUGUUCGUCUCGAGGAGGAACUGCAGUUGGACCAUCUACUACUUCUGAGAGAAGCCUUCGCCAAUCACAUGCCUGUAGAUGUUGGGUCCCAGCAGAGAGUAGGGGGCAGUGAGCUGGCCUGUGGUCGUCAGCCAGGGAGGGGAUCUAGGAGGCAGGCAGGCAGCAUGAGUCUGGAGGAGUUCCAGGCUGCCCUGAGUGCCAUGCUGGGUUCUGAGUGUUGGAAAAGUCAGACAGAGUUGCUCUUUAACAAGAUGGACACAUCCUGUGACGGAUAUGUGGACUGGGACGAGUUCUGCACCUACAUGCUGCUGGAGUACAGGGAGAAAGACCGCACCGUGAAACCCAGGGAUGCCCUCCUGAGCCCUCAGCCUCUGAUCAGACAUUGCCCCUGCAACAAGCAAGAGCCCAACACCCGUGUGCUGGCAGUGCCUUACCCCUCUCCCCUGCGCUUUAUCAGCAUCAGCAAGGAGGGCGUCCUCACCGUCUGGAACAGGAAACUGCAUCCCCUAAAGUCAGAAGAGCUCUCGGGGGAUUCUAGUGAUGGAGGGGGAAACAGAAGAAGGUUCAGACACUGGACUACUGAUGCUGUCUACAUGCCCAACGUCCACAAGAUUGCUGUUGCCACCACCAGCAGGGACAUCCACUUCUUUGAUAUCUCCACAGGCAACCUUUUUGAGGAAUUCUAUUUGUUUGGGAUGAAUAAUGUACCAAAAUCUCUGUGCUACUGGUAUGAUACUAAGUCUCCAGGAUGCCGCUCUUUGCUGCUGUGGGGAGACGAUGAGGGGAGUGUGGGUUUGCUGUGGUUCCUGCAGCCCCACGCAGGACUGUUUGAGACACCCUUCAGUGAUGAAAAUGGCCCUCAGAGAGUUUUCAUGCAGGACAUUAGUGUUCACAGCCGACUGGUCUCCUAUCAGGUCAUCCACAAGAUUCAUCAAGAACCCAUUAACAGGAUUAUCUAUGAGCCCCAUGCAGACCUUAUUAUUACAUCAUCAGGAAGUGCCUCUACCUCGGUGGUCAUUAUGGAUGUUUCCCUCAAGAAGCCAGGCUACAUCUGGAAAAUCAAAAAGGGUGUCAAAUGCUUUGACUUCUGUAAGUCUCUGAACCUGCUGGUGACAGGAGGCAUGGACCCUUCUGUGAGGCUGUGGAACCAGUAUGUGACCAGUCGUCCCGUGGCUGUCCUGCAUGGACAUCACACCACCGUGCUAGAUGUGGCUAUCUAUGAGCCCCUGGGACAGAUUUUCAGCUACUCCAUGGAUGCUGUGCUGAAGAUAUGGGACAUCUCGUCACAACGUUGCCUGAGGACCCUGCUGUUGAAGUUCCCAUGUGUGCAAGCGGGGCAUGCCCUGGAGCACGGAAACUUCCCCUUCCUGCUGCUGUCAGCUGCGCCCCACGUGCUGCUGGUGUCCUGCCGUGACUACCUAGGCCUGCUGCGUCUACAGCAAGGGGACCCGAAGGGGGGACAGCUCCUCACUCACAAUGCACCCCUCUCUAGUGCACUUUACAACCCCCUGCUCAAACAGGUGGUGACAGGGUGUGAUGACUCCUCAUUGGCCGUGUGGGAUGUUGAGACGGGAGAAAAAUACCUGCAGCUGAGUGAUGCUCACGGGCAGGAGGAGAUAACCUGCAUGGCUUUUGACACCUCUCAGCGCUGCCUCAUUACUGGGGCACGCAAUGGCACCAUCAAGGUGUGGAGCCUUCUGAAUGGGCACAAUCUUCACAAACUGGAGGCGGUCGCUGAGGCUGAGGUUACAGGGGUCAUCAGUCUCCAUGACGACAAGCUUCUGGCUGUUGGCUGGAGCCAACAGAUAUCUCAGUAUAACAUCACAAACCCUAAUAAUACCUAUGUGCAGGCCGACUUGUCCUGGAAGUCGGGUCAGCUGCACAAAGAUGAUAUCCUGGCUGUGGAUCAUUGUCCAGCCCAGAGGCUCCUGGCCACAGGCAGUGUUGAUGGAGAGCUCAUCAUCUGGACCCUAGACACCCAAAGACCCCUGCAGUACCUACGAAAAGCCCUAUCUGCCAGGAAGCAGGCUCCAGUGGACAGGCUGCUGUUCCUCCAACGUCGGGCACAGGGGAGCGAGUGGAGGAGCAGGCCCCUCCUCGUCAGCUCAGAGGCGGGUUGGCUAUGCUGGUGGAGCAUUGCAGGGCCCAGGCACAGACACGGACACUUCUAUGCCCCAGAGAAAGGUGAUGAGUCUGUGCUAGGGCUGUCCUCUGACCAGGAGAACAGGAUUCUUGUGUCUGGGGACACAGCAGGCUCCAUCCAGGUGUGGGACAUCUCACACUUUGCAUUGGGAUUAGGUGAUGAGUCUGCCCAAGACUGCCCUCCACUACUGCACAGAUGGAGAGGUCAUGAAAAUACAGUGGUUAGUGUGGAACUGCUGGUUUUCAGUGGGCAGCUCUUCCUCGUCAGCGCCUCUGCAGACCGAAGGGCCUGUCUGUGGACCUGCGAUGGCCACUAUGUGGGCUUCUUUGGGCAGGAGCAGAGGUGGAGUCUCUGUGACCCCACAACCUAUCAGCACCCCAGCACCCCGGGAAGCUGUGAGGAAGAUAAUACCUAUGUGCAGGCCGACUUGUCCUGGAAGUCGGGUCAGCUGCACAAAGAUGAUAUCCUGGCUGUGGAUCAUUGUCCAGCCCAGAGGCUCCUGGCCACAGGCAGUGUUGAUGGAGAGCUCAUCAUCUGGACCCUAGACACCCAAAGACCCCUGCAGUACCUACGAAAAGCCCUAUCUGCCAGUCUGACAACACUGGCCAUUCUACUCACAGCACACGCCCCUGCCUGGCGGAGGACGCUCUGGGUGAGACCGGAGCUGUGGCAGGACUCGCUCGGCCCAGGUCCCACCAUCGCAGACGACACACCUGGGAGGAGGGGUGAGGAAGCAGGCUCCAGUGGACAGGCUGCUGUUCCUCCAACGUCGGGCACAGGGGAGCGAGUGGAGGAGCAGGCCCCUCCUCGUCAGCUCAGAGGCGGGUUGGCUAUGCUGGUGGAGCAUUGCAGGGCCCAGGCACAGACACGGCAGAUGGUGAUGUCUCUGUCUCCUGAUGCAGGACACUUCUAUGCCCCAGAGAAAGGUGAUGAGUCUGUGCUAGGGCUGUCCUCUGACCAGGAGAACAGGAUUCUUGUGUCUGGGGACACAGCAGGCUCCAUCCAGGUGUGGGACAUCUCACACUUUGCAUUGGGAUUAGGUGAUGAGUCUGCCCAAGACUGCCCUCCACUACUGCACAGAUGGAGAGGUCAUGAAAAUACAGUGGUUAGUGUGGAACUGCUGGUUUUCAGUGGGCAGCUCUUCCUCGUCAGCGCCUCUGCAGACCGAAGGGCCUGUCUGUGGACCUGCGAUGGCCACUAUGUGGGCUUCUUUGGGCAGGAGCAGAGGUGGAGUCUCUGUGACCCCACAACCUAUCAGCACCCCAGAAACCCCUGUGGGCAAGAAACAGAGGAGGAGAAAGAGAAGCAAGAGGAGAGGGCGGCUGAUGUAAAGAACCAAUCCCAGGACAGCGAAGGGACAUCUGAUCAAGCCAGAUCAGGUGAGAAGCACAGCUCCCCCUUGCUGACAGACAGACAUGGCCGUGUCCAGAACACUUCCCUCGGCUUCCUUCAUGGCUGCCCGAUUUUCCAGCUCUGCCAAAACAAGCUAUCAGCUGCUCUUCCCCCCAAGCUGGGGUCAGGACAGCUAUUGCCAUUACCACUGGUCCCCAGGGAGCCACAGUGCCCAACCCCAGACCCCUUGGACAGCCCCGCAAAGGCAGAACACACCAAGAUUGCCCUUGGGCUGCAGGUGGAAAAAGAUAUGCAGAGAAAGGCAGCUGCCCGGCAGCAACGCCGCCUGGCAUUUGGCCACAUCGAUGCCAGCAAGAUUUCCCUCACGGCCAGCAUCUGCACGCCCUUUCAGGCUCUGUCAAUGCCGGAGUGCCAGGAAGUGCGGCUGCCCAGUGAUUUACCCAUGAGGCCAUGGAUGACGAGGCAAGGCCUGAAGGUUAGGGAGGCAGACCUGAUGCUCCUGCCUCUGACCAGCAGCAGCCCAAAGGCUAACCAGGGAGGGGACAAGGCCUGA